UUCCGUACAAGGAAAUAUUAGAAUAAUUCAUUCAGGUAGGCCAACGUGCGUCAUCCGUACUGUUGAGAUUAUUUGCAGUGUGCCUAGCUAUAUAUUUAGGGAAUUAAGAUAAUGGAGAAAACCCCGAAACCAGUACGAGACCCAAAGAUUGUUUACACAAAGAUCCUCAUCAACAAUGAGUUUGUGGAUUCUGUCAGCGGCAAAACCUUUCCCGUGAUUAACCCGACCACGGGGAAAAAGAUAUGUGACGUGUCUGAAGGCGACAAGGAAGAUAUUGACAAGGCCGUGGCUGCUGCCAAGGAGGCGUUCAAGUUAGGGUCACCAUGGCGACGGAUGGACGCCAGCCAGAGAGGACGGCUCCUGUACAAACUCGGCGAUCUUAUGGAGAGGGACGCCGAGAUCAUCGCGAGCCUUAUCACCUUGGAGAUGGGUAAACCCUUUCUUCAGGCCUAUGGCGAGACCAUGUGGGCGACGGGGGUACUGCGUUUUUAUGCGGGACUAGCCGACAAGAUCGGUGGUAAAACAAUCCCAAUAGAUGGAGACCUUUUCGCUUUUACUCGUCAUGAGCCGGUAGGAGUAUGUGGACAGAUUACUCCGUGGAAUUACCCCGCCUCCAUGUUUACAUGGAAGAUCGGGCCCGCCCUGGCCUGUGGCUGUACCGUGGUCAUGAAGCCUGCGGAACAGAGCCCCCUGUCGGGACUCCACCUGGCGGCGCUGUGUCAGGAGGUCGGGAUCCCACCGGGCGUCGUUAACAUGGUCCCAGGCUACGGACCCACCGCAGGUGCCGCCCUCACCAAUCACCCGGAUGUUGACAAAGUCGCCUUUACUGGAUCCACCGAGGUCGGCAAGAUUAUUCUACAAGCUUCUGGUGGGACUAACAUCAAACGCACUUCGCUGGAACUUGGCGGGAAGAGUCCUUGUGUAAUUAUGGACGAUGCUGAUCUGGACGAAGCUGUGCAGUUUGCGCAUGACGGCGUUAUGGUGAACGCCGGACAGUGCUGUAUCGCCGGAAGUAGAACGUUUGUCCACGAGAAGAUUUAUGACCAGUUCGUGGCCAAGAGUCGCGAGCUGGCCGAGAAACGGACGCUGGUGACAGGGGACCCCUUUGAUCCCAACACCCAGCAUGGACCACAGGUGGAUGAAGAUCAGUACAAGAAAGUUCUGGAGCUGAUUGAGUCAGGGAAGACAGAUGGCGCUAAAGUCGAGUGUGGGGGCGCUGCAGUCGGGGGGCAGGGUUUCUUCAUCAAGCCCACGGUCUUCUCGGGAGUUACCGACAACAUGAGGAUCGCCAAAGAGGAGAUUUUUGGGCCCGUCCAGCAGCUCUUCAAGUUUAAGACUCUGGAUGAGGUGAUCGAGCGAGCCAAUGCCACCACGUACGGCCUGGGCGCCGCCAUCUUUACCAAGAACAUCGACAACGCCAUGACGUUCACGCAGGGUGUUCGCGCAGGAACAGUGUGGGUGAACCUGUAUGAUGUGAUACAUCCACAGGCGCCGUUUGGAGGGUUCAAGAUGUCCGGCCUAGGGCGUGAGCUUGGAGAGUAUGGGAUUGCUGCCUAUCAAGAGGUCAAGUCGGUGAUCAUGAAAAUUCCUCAGAAGAAUUCCUAAAUCCGAGAGAAACCUGGUACCCGGCAGUUUGACCUAUCAACCACUAGUGGUGCAGAGGGGUAGAACCUUGAGACACAGACCAAAUACCUACAUGUACUGCAUACUCCUUGAACUGUUAUUAUAUUAUUAUUACGAAAUUAAGUCAUGGAAAUCUUCGUCUUGUCGAGACAGAGCUUUAUUAAAAAUGUGGAAGAAAAAAUUAAAUGACAUCAUGUCAGCAAAACAACUCGAGAUUCUUCGACAAGGUCAAUCACGUCUCAGUUCAUGGACAGAAGAGUAACGUUUGUUGAUUUUUUAUAUGAGAUUGUACAUACAGAAUUUUGUUGAAAAAUUAUGAAACAAAAUUAAUUAUUAUAUAAAACGAGCAAAUGUUUGAUGUUCUGAGAAUCAAGGAACAAUGAAACACUCAUGUACGCCAUAGCUACUUGCAAGGCACAUCAGUAUACAACAGUCAGCAUAAUAAUGACAAUUUAAGUGUUGUGUUGUGCAUGUACUUGUAAUAUGCAUUGAUAGUAUUCGGACUAUACUAUUUAGGCACAAUCCGUUUUAUAUGUAGCAACCAGUUUUCAAGAUGUUAUAUGCUUCAUUGUCUAUAGAUUAAUGAUUUAUUAAAAGCGAGGUUGUGUUUUACAUAUAUUAUGUUACUCUGUCAGUAAUCAGUAUUCGUGAACUGUUGUAUGAAUAAUGUUAGAGUUGUGUAAUUUUAGAUUGUUAGAACUUAAAGUUAAUGCUUGUUUACUUUAAAAACGCAACAACAUUAAAGUGAUACAAUAAUAUAA